CGCUACACGUCAACCCCUACAUCUUCUCUGCACUGCAAAACUCAGCCACUUCAUCUUCUCUACUCUACGAAACUCAGCCCCUGCAUAUGGUUUUCUAGUUUGCAUGUUGGUUGCUAGUUCAUCAGGAUAUGAAUAUGGAAAAUAAUUGCAUGGAAGAUGGAGAAGGUGAAACAAGCACUGGCUUGAACAUUUCAGAAGGUGAAAGCAACAAAAAGUCAUCCCAAGCUAUGAAAGGUAAUGAAAAAAUAGAUUUGGUUUGAUCUAGCAUUCGAAAACAACUAAUUCCUGUGAUUGGGAUGGAGUUUGAGACAGAAGACUUAGCAUUUAAAUUUUAUAAUGCAUAUGCAUACAAUAUUGGUUUUAGUAUUAGAAGAAGUAGCUGUCACAAAUUCAAAAGUGGCCAAUUGAGAGACAGGCUUUUUGUUUGCUUUGCUGAAGGUAAGCGUGAAAUUGAUAAGCGUGUUUCUAAUGUGAAAUAUCAUCGUGCUGAGACAAGAUGUGGAUGCUUAGCAAGGAUGAAAAUUGGUUGUCAUUUGAAUGAUAAGUAUCGUGUCAUAGAAUUUGUUUCUGAGCAUAACCAUGUGACUACAAGUCCGUCUAAGACUCAUUUGUUUAGGUCUCAUAGGAAGAUCACUCUUGCACAAAUAGCUGAAGUUGAUAUGGCUGAUAGUUCAGGAAUUGCUCCCAAAGCAGCUCUUGAAUUUUUAAGUAGACAAGCUGGUGGUCGGGAAAGUCUUGGAUUUAUUCCUGAUGAUUACAAGAACUACUUGCAUUCAAAACGAACAAGAGAAAUGAAGUUAGGAGAUACAGGUGGUGUGUUAGAGUAUCUGCAACAAAUGCAAUUGACUGAUCCUAAUUUUUUUUAUGCUAUACAAGUGGAUGAAGAUGAUUUGAUCACUAAUAUUUUUUGGGAUGAUGCGAGGAUGAUGGUAGAUUAUGAUUAUUUUGGUGAUGUAGUAUGUUUUGAUACUACCUAUAGAAAAAAUAAAGAAGGAAGACCUUUUGCAAUGUUUGUUGGUGUCAAUCACCAUAAGCAAACUAUUAUAUUUGGUGCUGCACUAUUAUAUGAUGAGACAAUUCAAACUUUUACGUGGUUGUUUGAUACUUUUGUGAAGGCUAUGUCUGGAAAAAAGCCAAAGAGCAUUCUUACAGACCAAGAUGCAGCAAUGUCUGCAGCAUUAGCUUUAAAAUGGCCAGAAACAUCUCAUCGUUUAUGUAUUUGGCACAUAUAUCAGAAUGCAGCCAAACACCUUAGCGGUGUUUUUGAGAAGUUCAAAGAUUUCAGCAAAGAUUUUAGUAGUUGCAUGUAUGAUUAUGAGGAUGAAGAUGCUUUUCUAAAUGCUUGCAAUAGUAUGCUUGAAAAAUAUACUCUCAUAUUACUACUACCCAGCAGAGUUGAUUCAAUAUGUGUUGAUUCAAUAUGUGUUCCUACUACGAAAGCUGUUCCAGCACCUCCAUCAGAAAUUUCACAGGCACAAUCACCAUUGGAAGGAGAAUUUGGGUUGUUUAGCUCUCAAUUCACAGGUCCCGGGGCCAAAAGUUCUAGUGUUGAAGUAGAUCCACCUUUUCAAUUGACAAGAGUCACCAAGCGUCAUAAUGUUGAAUUUGGGUUGUUUAGCUCUCAAUUGUUGACAAGGGUUCCAUAA